GGGGCUUAGCUUCAGCGGAGAGGACUGCGGACUUGUCUUCAUCUAAUUUUGAAAAGAAAAAUAAGUUCACGCGGCAACGGGAAUAUACUAAAUAUAUAUAUUAAUUAACGCCAACACUUGUAUACAACUAAAUCGUAGACUGUAUUUUUCUCUUUCUCCAGUGGAGUAACUGAAUAAGGAAUGACCUGCGGAGGAGUAGUGAAUUGACUGUGACUUUUCGCAGGAGGAGAAAGUAGCUCCCGUUGCCAACAAGGCAAUUGUUGAGGUGUCUACGCUGGGUAGCGGAUCACGACGGCGGAUUCAGAAGAGGAUACGUUUACUGUAUGUAUGUUGCCUCGGAAAUAAAUCACGCUGAUAAGAUGGACCUGAAACUACUUCUGAUUUCAACGUUGUUAGGAGUCAUUUGUUACAGCAGUGCUCAGCAAGAAGGGAACGAGUGCAUCACGGCUAAUGCUAAAUCCUGUGGGGAGUGCAUUCAAGUGGGAGCGAAAUGUGGCUGGUGCAUGGACCCAGGGUUCCUGACGCAGGGUGAGGCCACAUCGACCCGCUGUGACGAGCUGGAGUCCCUGAGGAAGAGAGGUUGUAGCUCCACCAAGGUAGAGAACCCCCGAGGCAGCCAAUGGGCCCUGAAGAACAAGGCUUUGACCAACCGCAACAAGGGAGAAGGAAAGCUCCGACCAGAGGACAUCACACAGGUCCAGCCACAGAAACUCACCCUCAGCCUCAGAUCGGGUGAACCCCAGUCUUUUAACCUGAAGUUCAAAUGGGCCGAGGAUUACCCCAUUGACCUCUACUACCUGAUGGACCUGUCCUACUCCAUGAAGGACGAUCUGGAAAACGUCAAGAACCUGGGAACACAGCUCAUGCUGGAGAUGUCAAAGAUCACGUCUGAUUUCAGAAUUGGUUUUGGUUCCUUUGUAGAGAAGAAGUUGCUGAACCCCUGUACUGGGGACCAGAACUGCACCAGUCCCUUAAUCUACAAGAACAUCCUGAAGCUGACCAGCAAUGGACAGGAAUUCAAUACCCUGGUGGGACAACAGCAGAUCGAUGGAAACCUGGACUCAUCAGAGGGAGGCUUCGAUGCCAUCAUGCAAGUGGCUGUGUGUGGUGACCACAUUGGCUGGAGGAACGUCACCCGUCUCCUGGUGUUCUCCACUGACGCUGGCUUCCACUUUGCUGGAGACGGGAAACUGGGAGGGAUAGUUUUGCCCAACGAUGGGAAAUGUCACCUGGAGAACAACAUGUACACAAUGAGCCGCCACUAUGUAUGUAUGGACUACCCCUCCAUCGCUCACCUGGUUCAGAAACUUAGCGACAACAACAUCCAGACGAUCUUUGCCAUCACAGAGGAGUUCCAGCCUGUUUACAUGGAGUUAAAGAAUCUCAUUCCUAAAUCUGCGGUGGGGAUACUCUCUGCUAACUCCAGCAACGUUAUCAACCUCAUUAUUGAUGCCUACAAUUCUCUUUCCUCAGAGGUGAUUCUGGAGAACAGCAAGCUACCAGAGGGAGUGACCAUAAUGUACCAGUCACGCUGCAAGAACGGAGUGACUGGUGAGGGAGAGAUGGGAAGAAAAUGCUCCGAUAUCUUCAUCGGUGACGAGGUGUCUUUCACCAUAAGCAUCACAGCUAAGCAGUGUCCUAAAAUGGGCAAACCAGAGACCAUCAAGAUCAAACCCCUAGGGUUCAAUGGGGAGGUGGAGAUCACUCUGAACUUCAUCUGCGAGUGUGACUGUCACAAAGAUGGCAUUGAGAACAGUGAGAUCUGCCUCAACGGCAAAGGGACAUAUGAAUGUGGAGUCUGCAGGUGCAAUGAGGGCCGUAUUGGUAGACAGUGUGAGUGCAGCACCAACGAGAUGACCAGCGAAGACCUGGAUAAGAGCUGCCGUAAAGACAGCGGUGCAGACAUCUGCAGCAACAACGGAGACUGUGUGUGUGGAACCUGUGAGUGCAAGAAGAGAGAGAACCCAGAGGAGCGCUACAGCGGGAUGUUCUGCGAGUGUGACAACUUCAACUGUGACCGCUCCAACAACAAACUCUGUGGAGGACAUGGUCACUGUGAGUGCAGGAUGUGUAUAUGUGAUGCCAACUGGACAGGCAGUGCCUGUGACUGUUCUCUGGACACCACGACCUGCCUGGCUUCCAACAAGCAGAUCUGUAACGGACGAGGCACCUGUGAGUGUGGCAUCUGCAAGUGUACUGACCCAAAGUUCCAGGGCCCCAGCUGUGAGAUCUGUCCUAGCUGUCCAGGGGUCUGCACAGAACACAAGGAGUGUGUUCAGUGCAGGGCCUUUGGGACGGGGGAGAAGAAGGACACGUGUGAGAGAGACUGUAGCUACUUCAACCUGAUCAAGGUGAAGGACAGGGACAAGAUGCCUCAGCCAGGACAGGCCUUCCCCCUGAUGCACUGUAAGGAGAGGGAUGCCAACGACUGCUGGUUCUACUACACCUACGCUGUCAACAAAAAGUCAGAGAAGGAGGUCCAUGUGGUGGAAACACUAGACUGCCCUGCGGGCCCUGACAUCUUCCCCGUUGUGGGCUGGCUUGGUGGCGGGCAUCGUGCUGAUCGGCCUGGCUUUGCUUCUCAUCUGGAAGCUGCUCAUGAUCAUCCACGACAGGAGAGAGUUCGCCAAGUUUGAGAAGGAGAAGAUGAAUGCUAAAUGGGACAUGGGCGAAAUCCAUAUCUACAAGCAGUGGUGACCCGUCAUUCAGGACAGGCAAAGCUCCACCUGUUUGCCUGUUUUGCAUGUUAUUUUAGCAUUAAUAUAUGUCACAUAUCAGUUUGCAAACAAUGUACAAAAAAUUGUCAUUGAGUUACUAAAGCUGCAUACAAACAUGG